ACUCGAUAUGCUCCUGAUAUUACACUAAUUGUAAACCAGAAGGGAAACAAGCACUAUAGGUUACUAAACCAAUAACAACUGUUUCACCUACAAUUGUUUACAACUUUUGGGAAUGGCCCUCCAUAUUCUUAUCUUCUGAUUCAUAACAUAUUUACUUUGUUUUGCUCCGAUUACUCGAAACUUCUUAAUAUUUACGCACAUGUUUGUGAUAAGCCGAGAAGAAAAACUACUUCCAUGAAAUACAUAUAUCGUAGACCAUGGAACCUUGAUGAUUGCUAGCAUAAUGUAAUCAUGUCACAAGAAAUCGAUCGAUUUGGACCAGUUUUUAAAGAUAUAAAAACAAAGAUAAGCCAAUUGGAAAUCAUAGUCUCAGUUGCACUCAGCCUGUAUACAUUUUGAUAAUCAUGCGAUCCAUAGCAUUUGCCCUUGUGAUCUUUGCCGGAAUCCUGGCCUACGGCAAUGCAGCUCCUCAGCUGAAUUUGGCUUUUCUGAAGGAGAUCCUGGCCGAGGCUGGUCAAAGGAAUACGACGGUUAAGUUUGGAAACAACACGGUGAUCAUUACGGGAGUAUCCAAUGCCAGUGCCAAUAGUCAGGAGGGAAACAUUCGUCCAACUCCACCACAAAACCAAUGGAAUAACAAUUGGUAUCCGUACAACGGCGGUUACAAUAAUUACAACGGUUACUAUGGUUACUAUCGCAUGGUUCCCACCAUCAAUGGUCAGAUUGUCGAGGAGCCACAGAGCAGUGCAGAGGAAUCCCAGGAGAUUUCCUCGGAGUUUUCCCAUGAGGUUUCCCAGGAUCUGAGCGACGAGGAAUCUGGCGAGGAUCAAUACCAGCAGGAGGAUCAGACUGCAGAGGACGUAGAAGAGAACGAAGCAGAUCUUUCAGAGGACCAGCUCGAUGACCUAGAGGAGGACAAGCUCGAUGAAGAGGAGGAGGCGGAAGAUGGGCACCAUGACCAAUCCGAGGAGGCUGCCCAGGAAGAGAAUGAAAAUGAGGAUGAGCUGGUCGAUCCCGAGGAAGAAGCCAUUGACCAGGCGCUAGAUGACAUCGAAAAAGAGAUAGCCGCUGAAGAAAAAGAAUAGGCGAUGAGCCAUAUUCAAAGUGUUCAUAGAAAAACACGACAUGUUACACACAUUAUUUUCAUUUCAUAUUUUUGGGAUCAUUCAUAAAAAAAAUAAAAGUUUAUACAA